AUGAGACCCAUCCUCCUUCAAGGCCAUGAACGGUCUCUUAAUCAAAUCAAAUUCAACCGAGAGGGUGAUCUCCUAUUUUCAGUAGCUAAAGACAAGGUCGUAUGUGCUUGGUUCACCAGUAAUGGAGAAAGACUAGGGACAUACAUUGGACAUCAGGGCGCGAUCUGGACGGUGGAUAUCUCCCCUGACAGCAUACUCCUGGCCACCGGAGCGGCAGAUAACGUCAUCAAGCUGUGGAAUGUUCAAACAGGAGAGAAUGUCAAGACUUGGGAGUUUCCCACUGCUGUCAAGAGGGUGCAGUUUAGUGAGGAUGGAAGACAGUUACUGGCUGUCACGGAAAAGCGAAUGGGAUAUCUGGGCACCAUCGUGGUGUAUGACAUUCGAUAUGGCGAUGAUCUGACCGACCAAGCCAACGAACACAGUGUGAAAAUCACCUGCGAGGACAGCAAGGCCACAGUAGCUGGAUGGAGUUACCUCGACAAAUACAUCAUCUCUGCGCACGAGGACGGGACGGUAACACAGUGGGAUGCAAAGACUGGAGAAUACCUGAUGAGCAUCGAAGCUCACGAGUUUGACACUACCAUCAACGACCUGCAACUCUCACCCGACCGCACAUACUUUAUCACUGCUGGCAAGGACAAAACUGCUAGGCUCAUCUCAUCGCGGGACUUGAGUAUCAUGAAGACAUAUGUCGCCGAUACGCCGUUGAACACCGCUUCCAUCACGCCCAAGAAGGACUUUGUCAUUCUCGGUGGUGGGCAAGCCGCCAUGGAUGUCACUACAACCUCAGCUCGUCAAGGUAAAUUUGAAGCUCGAUUCUACCACAAGAUUUUUGAAGAUGAGAUUGGCCGCGUCCGUGGUCAUUUUGGUCCCCUGAACACCAUCGCUGUUCAUCCACUAGGCACUGCAUAUGCCAGUGGCGGUGAAGAUGGAUAUGUGAGGAUGCACCACUUUGACAAGCCCUAUUUCGACUUCAUGUACGAAGUCGAGCGAGAGCAAGCACGGAAAUGA